CCCUCCCUCACUCACUCGCCUUCCUGCCAUAGCCGAGCACGGUGCAGAGCCCCCCACUCUCUCUCUCUCUUCCUAGGCUCUCCAGCUUGUCGUCGUCGCCGGAGAAUGAUCCGGCGCCGGUGAAACCAGCCUCUGUCGGCGGGAGAAGGACUCGGAGGCAGUCGGCGGACACGAUUGCGUGCGCUCUCCGUGACGUUGAUUGAGUGCGCCUGACGGCGACGGUGGAAAAUCUCUGGGAAUUUUUGGUUUGGUUUGGUUUGGAUUGUGAUGGUUGGUGCUGAUCUCGGCUUGAAGGUGGAUUUCAAUGGCGCGAUCGAUGCUUAGAUCGGCGUUGAGAGGAAUAAUCGGAGAGUGAAGUGAGGUCUGUUUGUGCUCCCUUGAUCACGAGUCCAUGCCGUUUUCGAUGAAAAUCCAGCCAAUCGAUUGUCACGUGGACGAGGCGAUCGGACUCGGGCCGGUGAAGCCGGUCGUGAAGUCACGGCUCAAGCGGCUCUUCGAGCGCCAGUUCACCAGCGUGUUGAAGAGCUCGACGACGAUCGAGAAGGGGUGCGGCGAAGGCGGUGCGCCGAUCGAUAAGGACGGCUUUAAUGCCGAGCCAGCUGAAUUCGAGCCGAGCUCUCUGUGCCUGACGAAGAUGGUCCAGAAUUUCAUAGAGGAGAGUAACGAGAAGCAGCCGUCUCCCGCCGUGAGGUGCGGACGCCACCGCUGCAACUGCUUCAACGGGAGCGGGACCGACAGCUCGGAGGAAGAGGAAUCUGAGUUUCCUGGCGGAGGAGGCAGAGGUCAUUGGGGCGACUUCCAUGGCGAAGCGUGUCAGACACUCAAGAGUUUGGUGAUGUGUGCGACGCUCUGCGAGAGGAAUUUGCUAGCGGACAGUGCCAGGAUUGUGGAGAAGCAGAAAAUGUCCAAGUGCGAGGACGAGAGCGUCCUGAAGAUUGUGUCGGACGAACUGUUGGCUCUGGGCUACGACGCCUGUGUGUGCAAGUCUCGCUGGGAGAAGUCUGCAUCUUUCCCUGCCGGCGAAUACGAGUACAUAGACGUGAUCAUCAAAGGCGAGAGGCUCAUAGUCGACAUUGAUUUCCGGUCGGAAUUCGAGAUUGCUCGGCCAACAAAGACAUACAAGUCCGUCCUCCAUGCCCUGCCCAACAUCUUUGUCGGCAAGCCCGAACGCCUUGGCAAAAUCAUAGCCAUCGUAUCAGAGGCGGCAAAACAGAGCUUGAAGAGCAGGGGAAUGCACAUCCCUCCAUGGAGGAAAGCAGAGUACAUCGAGGCCAAGUGGUUCGCACCUCACGCGAGGUCCACACUCCCGACCCCCUCGAAGGGCGCGCAGCAUCGCCUCCUCGAGCGAGAGGAGCAGUCCCCAGGUGGGUCGGGGUCCUUCGGAGAGAGCAUCCGGCUGAGUUGCUCCACCGACGGCUCGGAGCUCGACUACACCUUGUCCCUGCCGACCGGGUCCUCCGAGGCGGACGAGGGGAUGGCGAGAAGCAAGGCGAUAGCAACCGCGAAGCUUAGGAAUUCGCAGGCUGGUGUAGAGAUUGUGAGUGGAUUGGCUUCAGUAAUAGAGGACUAAAGAAGCCUUUAGUAAAGUGUGAGGUUUUUUUUUUUUUUUUUUGGGAUUGCGUGGUGAGGCUCCUACCUUUUUUGGGAGCUUCCCCUUUACCUUCUUUCUUCGUUUCUUUCUUUUUCCGGAUGCGAUGCCUAUGAGGAGGAUCGUAUAUUUGCAGAUCCCGUAUGGCUUUUUCCUAUCCUAACCUCUUCCGAUGAACCCUUCUAUUGUUUUUUUGGCUUCGUGCAAGGGUCGACGGAAGAGUGACAAGACAGUUUGUAAUAGUAGCUUCUGCUCAGUCGCUGCAUGCUAUUGAAUGAAAAGACUUGGUGUUUCUAGUUCGCCAGCA